AAUCAGGACAACACGUGCCUUAACAGCAUACCAGCUUAGUGGUUCCAGAAGACAUUAGUGUUUCAACUGUCAGAUAUAAUGAUUCUACACUUUGUCAGCCCAAUAUGCAGCCACAGCGAGAUAAAUGUGAUCUUUAUUGCGUUGAAAUAAGGUUAAAAUUUCAUUGAUAUAAGUUUCAGAUAAUAUCGUACAAUGCAAGCAAUAUAAAUUGAGUGUGAGCAAAUCUAUAUAUUCGGUUAUAUGAAAUUGUUAUUUAGAAUGAAACCUUCCAUCCAAAUACAUCACUGAUUAAAAUACACUUGAUUUUUAUUUUGCAUCUAUGCAGUAUGUAAUAAUAUCGAUAGAUAGGUACAGUUCCGGCAUGCCCCCGAAUGUCCUUACAAUAGCUACAAAUCUGUUACCUACUAUGACCUCCGAUAUACAGGGUUAUUGGUAAAACACUAACGACCUUGCAGGACUGUAUUACUAACAUCAUAAACUACAACUUUUGUUCUAUGACUUUUUAUAAAACAUGAUACAUUUGCCAAAAACAAACAUACAAGAUUUCAUUGUUCUAUCUAACACAUUUCAACUCUAUCUUGCUGUAGACAUAAAAUUUGCACGCCCCUACCAUUUCUUUACCAACUAAAGGCCCGAUCGAGACCAGUCGAGCGAUUACUCGACCAUAGAGGAUGCGGACGAGUCGAGAUUAUCACACAUUACAAAAAAUUCGUUUGGUGGAGGGUUUGCAUUUUUAGAAUGAAUGCAAGAUCUUUAUCUACCCACGCCUCCCGCGCACUGUGUGGCGGCUAGCAUUGUAACGGCUAGAUGUAGGGAUGUUUGGGAAUCGUAUGGCGCAUUGUAGCACAUCUAGCAAGCAUUCGCAACAUUUCCGUGUACUCGACAUUUGAAUAUCGAUAUGCCAUUCUGUAAAGAUAAUUACGUUCGCACUACCGAAUUUCGCUACAAGGACACGUAUGAGGCGACGCGGGCGCAUAAAACCGACUGACGGCAGCUCGUAAAUAGGUCAAGUUCAAACGCUCCCCCGCCGCCCGAGCCCCGCUCCCCUCCGCUGUCUUUUGUACUACUGAUUACCUAACUAGCGCUUUCUUUUGCUUCGCAUAGACUUCGUAAAUUUUAGAGCGUACAAUUGAAAUAUUUUAAUUUUUGUGUGAAAAUUUGAUGACUCUAAAAUCUGAGAAUUAUUAAAAGUCCUAGAACAAAAGUUUUAGUUUAUGAUAUUAGUAAUAUGGUGCUGAGAGGUUGUUAGUGUUUUACCAAUAACACUGUAUAAAUAAAAUCGAACUAUUUCGAAUUAAAAAUAAAUAUUUACAUAAAAAUACAAAGCUUGUUAAAUCAUCAAGAAGCCACAAGAGAACAUCAGGCACAUCAGUUAAUUUUGGCCCCUUCAAAACAGUGUCUAUGACUUCUGGCAAUACAUCGUUGAAGGUCCUCUUCUCCGCGUUCAAAUUCAAGCUACGGACACUGAUGGCCGCAGCACUUUUUUGCAAUCGUCUCGACUGGCUGCACUACAACGUACUACGCAGGAGCAAAGCCAUUGCAAUAUCUAAUAGGAUACAGUCACAUUGACAAUGACAGCAUUACAGAAGAUUUCAAUAACUUAACUAUACCUAGAUACAAAAAAUGCAAUCUGUAGGUAGAGGUAGGAGCACACAAUAUUAAGUAGGCAAACAGGUAAUUGUCAUGUCUACCAUUUUGUAUACCAACUAAGAGCUCGGUUCCGAUUGUGUAUACAGGUACAUCUAGGAAGCAACUAUGUUUAAUGGCUCUGCUAUUAAUUAAGAAUCCAAAAAUAAAAAACAAUCACGCGUUACGUAGUUGACCUCUGAAAAUGUAUUCCUACCUCAGUCAUCGCAUAAAAAUAAAUUGACGCCUAGCAAUUGAGAUGUUAUUGCAAUCUCCUAACAAAUGGUUUGUUACCACUAACUAUGGUAGUUAUAAUGGCAUCAUUUAAGACAUCAUUUUAUUUUAAUCAUACCUAAACAUGUAGUCAGUAAAUAGACAAUUUUAACAAGUAUUUUUCAUUCAUCGCCUUACCUCCAACGAGUCAGCCAAAAUGGCCCUUUUGCUCCGUAAAACAUUAUUUUUCAACCAAAUUAGGGCAUUGCAUAAAAAAGCGGUUAAAUUAAGUACACCAAUAACUUUCAAAUCGGGUGAAAAUUAUAAGAAAUUUGAUGCAGUCCGACCCGAAGUGAUGAAAUCCUUAAUGUGUAGUCCUAAGUUCACGAAACAAUUGCCUGAAGUUGGUACCAAGAUUAAAGAGUUGUUAGAUUACACAAUGCACGGAGGGAAACGUGGCAGAGGAUUAUCUGUUCCCUUCGGCUAUCAAAUGAUGGAAGAUCCAAAAUACUUCAUAGAAGAAAAAAUGCACACAGCACGGUUUCUAGGAUGGUGCUUAGAAAUUUUACAGGCAAAGCUACUGUCUAUAGACGAUAUAUUGGACGCAUCCACCACUCGCCGUGGCCUGACUUGCUGGUACCUACGACCAGAAGUCGGUACUUCGGCGACUAACGACUGCAUGCUCAUAUAUCUCUGUCUGAUGGAAGUCCUACAAAUGAACUUCGAGAAAGAACCUUAUUAUAAGGAUUUGAUAAAAAUUAUUAACGAUACAGCCAUGUACACCGGCAUGGGGCAAUAUUUAGAUUACACAUCAGGAUACAGUAAGGAAAAAAAUAAUUUUGAAGAAUUCAACAUGGACCGAUUCAAUGCCAUCGCCAUACAGAAAACUGCUUACUACUCGUUCAGAAUGCCCCUACUCGUGUCUCUGCUUUUAGUGAAGAACGGAAAAGAAAGAGAUCUUACAGAGCACAUCGACAUCUGCUUUGAAUUUGGUAAACUUCUACAAUUUCAGAAUGACUACAAAGACGUCUACUGGGACGCAGCUACCUCUGGAAAAGAAGGCACAGAUAUUCAAGAAGGUAAACUCUCUUGGAUUGCCCUUACAGCGCUGGAGCGCUGCAACGAAGCUCAACGUUCUAUUUUCAAAGAAUACUACGGCAGCAACGACCCUGAACAUGUAAAGCAAAUCAAGCAGCUUUAUGAUGAAUUGCAAAUGGAUAAAGUGUACGAUGAGUUCGAACGUUCUUUUUAUGAAAAUAUGAAACGUCGAAUUUAUGCGUUGCCAACUGAAGGAGAGAUACAAUACUUUUUGGAAAUAUUAGAGGCGUGCCGACUGAGAGAUUAUUAAGUUAUCGAUAUACAGCCUUACUUAUAAACGUGAAUUCAAUAAUAAGUAAUUCUUAAGGGGUGUUUAAGAAAAAUCUUACUUAUAAACGUUACUUAACUAAAUCACUUGCUUAGCAAUGUCCUAAACAAGCUGUCAAAUUAAGUAGCCUCACACCCUUGUUUAACCCGCUGAUUAACAAAACGGCGGAUCUUUACCAGCUGAUUUUUCAUUUCCGGUUUUUUGACAACUCAACUUUUUAAUUUUAUAUUUUACGGUUGCCAUUGUUGCCAUUACACAACAUUUUGAUGACAAAUAUUUUUUUUAAGCUACCGACAUUCCGAUAGUGUCGAGAAAUUAGUAUGUUUUUUAUGUCAUUAUCUGUUCAUAACUUAAGACCUUAAGCAACGUUUAUAGGUAAACAAAUUUUAAUCACUACUUUAAGUAGUAAUUAGUUAAGACAAUGCUUAGAAGAUGAUUAGUUGAUUUUUAUAAGUAAGGCUGUUAAAGUGUAACAGUAACAGUAGUAAUGAAUUAUACAAUUAUAAAUCGGUGAAUUGAUGUGUUUUGUUAUAUUAUAUUUUGUUAUAUUAAAUUGUUUUGAUUA